CCUUGUCAGCUAUUUUGUAGCUCUCUCCAGUGCCAUGUUGAGAGUCUUACCUCCAAUAUCGGCCUCUUAUUUACAGGUUGGAUGACCCCAUGUGACCGCUGCUUUGUGAUUGGACAGUUACGUUCUGACGGGACUCUGUGAACGUGCCCCGAAGUAUCGAACAUAACGUGUAUCGCUGAGGUCGUCAUCGCCUGGUCCGGCUAACAACAUGGGCUGCGGCGCCUCCACCACGGCCGCUCCUAGCGGGACCACAAUCGGCACACAGACAGACAGGAGUUUCGUCGCUCGUCAAAAGGACAAGGAAGCCAUCGAAGCCUCCAGCGGGGCUGCAAAGCUUCCCCGCCGGCAGCUCCGCCCGCUAGGCCGCGGUCCCGACCUCAACGCCAUCGAGGCCGACGCGAGGAAAACUCUACAACCUGCGAACGUCCUUCCUUCUAUUAAACACAAAGAUGGAACGACUCAGAAGAACCCAGUGCUUCCCCUGUACCAUCCACCGUUACCUCAGAUACCCAGCGGGCCCAGUCAAGAGGCGACUGGAAGCCAGGGUAAGUCCGUAAUCGCCAACGGCACGGAGACGCUCAUAGUCAUUCCAGACGAGACCUUUGACUCAAGCGAUGACGACCUGAGUUCUUUGGACGACAACAAUCCAGACGAAGGUUACGGCUACGGUAACGGCACAGAAAAGGUGGGGAUCGCUAGUAUCGUGGGCACCAAGGCAGCGAAUCAGCAAAAUGGUGGGAAAGGAAGUAAAGGCAAUAGCACCAACGCUUCUCCAACAAAAAUGUUCUCCUUGGGUGCGACCGACACUGUGAUAACCAGUGACGAGCUUAUACGGAAUCCAAAGGCUGAUCAAAACGCGACAGCGACCAAUGGUACCGCUGUGAACGAUGCAGGAGCGGCUGCAAAAGCGGGAGAAUCAUCGACAACAACACAAAGUGCCGCUCAGCAGGUAAACGCACCAAGUGAAAAUGGGCCUGUACCUGAUAGAAGUGACAACGCCACGAGCAAUCCGCCAGAGGACAAUACACCUGUUCAAGAGAACAACAACAACCCGUCACCAAAAGGACCCGUGUCUCUUCUUCUACAAAACGGAAACGGGGACACUCUGAAGAAGAUUCACGUAGGAGAUAACUUCAGCGUGGCGGUUAACAUUGUACUACAGACCAUGGACCCUACAGGAGUUUUACCAAAUAAACCUGUUGACGCCUCUCUUAACAACGUGGCCGAACAAAAUGGAGCUUUCAGUGAAAACGGCGUCUCUGUGGGGCAAAAUGUUGUAAAGGUUGUAAACAACGAUCAACAGGUGGCUGCGGCUAACGCAUCUGGAGAACAAAAUAUGACUGUAGCAGAGAAGAACCUCUUGGAACUAACGGGUAAUGAAGAAUGUACAGACACUGACAAAACCACAAAUAAUACAACAGAAGACAACACAAACGUAAGCGGAAGCGAUUCUGUCGGUGCAAAGCAGGGUCUUCCCGAAGUUAUCGUAACUGAUCACGAAGAAGACAGCGAAGAGCAAAUUCAGGAGGGAACUACAGAACAGACACUUGAAAAAGAGAUGGCAGCUGACUUGAGUGCAUCAGGAAAGCAAAGAAGAAUGCUUCAACUUCUCCGGGACUUCGACUUGAAGAAAAAGUUAGAGGAACGGAUCAGAAACCGCGCGGAAGAACUCGACAGUAAAGCGGACGGGCGAUCAAGCAACGGGGACGUGAAGGAGCAGAAUCUGUCCAAUGAAACGAUCGAGAGGAAAAUUCCUGAGCCGAACGUCCCACACAGGAAAAAGGCAGCGGUUCUGGGCACAGAGGAGACCUCCCUGUUCAAGCACAUAGAAGUACACGCGGUGUACCACGCACUCGAGCCUCCAAAACCAGCUGACACCUUCUCCACGCUCGUGAGGACCCUCCUCAUCCAUGACCUCUCUGACCUUGAGAAAGUGCGCAUGCUCUUCCACUGGAUCACUGCGCAGAAUCUACAGGAUAUGACGUUCGGCGAUGACGUAGUUGAAGACUCGCCCCUGGGUUACCUGAAGGCCAUCAAGGAGGGGAAAGGAAACUGCGCCAAGCUCUUCGAACAGCUCUGCUGUGCUGCAGGUUUGAAAUGCCAUGUGAUCAAAGGGUACAAGAAGGGUGACGACUGUCUGCCGGACCAUAAUUUCCAGGAACAUCGGAAGGAUCACCGCGGCACGUGGAACGCCGUGAUGGUGGACGAGGAGUGGCGGCUGGUCGACUGUCACUGGGCGGCACGCGGCGUCAGGGCUAUAGAAGAAAAUGGCGGGCCCAUUGAGAACGUCAAUGAUGUCUACAAGUACGAAGAGUUCUACUUCCUCACCGACCCCGAGGACCUGAUCGACACUCACUUCCCAGACUGUCCUGAGUGGCAGCUGCUGGAAAAGUACCUGACGAUCACACAGUUCCAGUCGCGUGUCAAACGCUGGCCCAUGUUUCACCAACUCGGGCUCAAACUGAAGAGCCACCGCGCGGUUGUGGUCAUCACUGCAGGUGACUGCGUGGAACUGUGCCUUGGCUUUUCAAAGGAGAAACGCAAGGAUUUUAGGAUUGUGUAUCAACUUAAGACAAGGGAGGGAGGUAAUGAAGUAGAUGGCGUCAAUUUGAACCGAUACGUGUUGCAAGAGACAUGGGACAGCAAUGAAAACUUCACAGUUGACGUGCCAAAAUCGGGCUCUUAUGUUUUGGACAUCUACGGAAAACCCUGUGCAGAAGUGCCAGGUAAUGACGUAAAAGUUUGUCAGUACAUGAUCGUUUGCGACACAGAAAAGCACACAAGCAUGCCCUUUCCAGAACACACGUCGACUUGGGGUCCUGGAAAAGUAUUGGUUAGCAGCGGGAUUUUCCCCGUGUCACACGCACGCGCAGUCGUGAGAUCCCAAGGUCAAGUUGUACUGACCUUUCAAAGCAACCGCCAUCUUGAAUUCAGACACAGACUGUACAUGCAGACAUUUGACGAAAAGGGGCUCGAAGAUUUGGUCGUACACUCUAUCGCCAAUAACAAAAUUUCAUUCUAUGUAAGAACCCCAACCAAAGGCAAAUACGGGCUAAUUAUAUUUGCUAAAGAUCCAAGUGAUGGCACUUUGAGACCGGUAUAUUCCUAUGUCAUUAUCUGUGAUAAAGAACCAAACAGUUUCACACCAUUUCCGUUGGUCCAAGAUGGCCAGUUCGGCACAAGGCAACCAUACUUCUCCGAAUCUGGGCUCAUCGAAAACGAAAACGCGUCCUAUUUCUUAACGUCGGAAAAUAAUGGCGAGGUCGAGGUACAGCUUGAAAACCCCUAUCAGAAGCAGAUCAUGUCUUCACUGUCCAUACGAACUGACAAUGGCACUGAGAAAUGCGAUCGGUACACUCUGACACAGGCUUUAGGUGAGAAAACUGUUAUUUUGGUGCAUCUACCUCAGGUGGGCGAGUACGCCCUGCAGUUAUUUGCAAGAGACUCUCAGGGACAGAAACGAAACGUUGUGAACUACUGCAUCAGCUGUAAUGUGGCAAAGGAGGACUGUAAACCUUUCCCCUGUCAUAAUGACAACACUUGGGGUCCCGUGUACCCCACUUUCUCUAACCUCGGCUUGGCGUUGGACGUUCCACAACGCCCUUAUCUCAUAAGCAGGUCGGGCAAAUAUAACGUGAGUCUGGCCAUGACGCAGCCGCUGAUGCUACGGCAUCAUUUCUUCCACUGCGCCGACGAAACCAGAGAGAACAUGGACGACUUCGCCUUUUGCGAGACGAUAAAACACAAGGCGACCAUCACGACUUGUUUCCCAAAAGCAGGAGACUACUGUCUGGAAAUCUACGGCACAACCUUUCCUCCUUCCGACAAUGACCUUCCCCUCGUGGCGACAUUCUUCAUGAGGUGCCUGCACCCCUUAGAAACCGGCUGUAAGACUUUCCCCCAAAUCAUCGGAAGGAUGUGGGGACCCGGAUGUUGUCUGUACGAGCCAUUGGCGGGAGUCUUGUCACGUGAUAGGGAGGUGACGUUUAGAGUAGAUGUCCCGGAUGCUGAUGACGUAGUUUUGAAGAGUGCGGAUUCCGUGACAGACAUGUGCAAGGACCAAUCAGGGACAUGGACGUGCAGCUACACACCUAGCAAAACGGAGACUUCGCUUUUGUUACUGGGAAAGUUUGACAAGAAUGUGAAUAGAUAUGUCGGGUUACUAGAGUUUAAACUCGACAACUGA